AUGCAUAUCUACUCUUCUUGUGGUCAAUGGAACUCAUCAGUUAAAAAGAGAUGGAGUUUUCUUGUUGAUGAAGCAACAGGAGGUAGGUUACUGAAUUUGGAUGGAAGUUCAACCUUUGAGAAGCUUAAGAUGAUGGUUUGUGAGGACUUUGGAAUCGAUUCAACUCUGGUCAAUCUCGAGUUAACCUACUUACCUUCUGAGUUGAUUAAUACUCCCGAGUCUCCACCGAUUAUCAUCAGCAACGACCGACAAGUUAAGAAUUUUCUAACCUAUGCGAGGACCAAACCUUCCACGCGCUUGUGUGUGUGUCUUCAGUCAAAGGAUGAGAAUCCAAAUAGGGAGGCACGUGUAAACUUGAAGAAAGAAACAUCUGAUGCGCCCACAAGAGAGGAAGAUGAUAGUUCGAGUGAAAAUUCUGAUGUCAAUGCUGGUGAAACUUACUGCACCGAACAAGAUAUUGAGCGGGAUGAAAAGAUGAAUGAGAAGGACGAAAGCAAGAGACAUAAUUUACGAUUUGCUUUGUUGGAUGUCGUGAAGAAGGGACAACAUUUUAGCAGUAAAAUGUUACUACAGGCAACUUUUGAAAUUUGUGCAAUGAAACACAAUUUCGACUAUAAACUAGUCAAAUCGGAUACCAAAAUUUGGUAUAUUAGGUGCGCAGAAGAAGAUUGCGGCUGGCGAGUUCGUGCAGAAGGAUUAAAGGGUUCUCCAUAUUUCAUAAUCAAAAAAUAUGUUGCUGAACAUUCAUGUGCUGCGUCAGCAAGGAACAAAUCUGUAAGGACAGCUUCAGCAAAAACAAUUGGUAAUAUGAUUAUGCAUAAGUACGAUGGUGUGAAGGAGGGGCCAAAAUGUAAAGAUAUCAUCCAGCUUAUGCGUGGUGAGCAUGGGAUCGAGGUGUCCAAGUCUUUAGCGUAUGAUGCGCGUGAGUAUGCUAUCAAGACAAUGAGAGGUAUUCCAGAAGCAGGUUAUGCGAAGAUUCCCAAAUACUUGCACAUGAUGAAGGAAGCUAAUCCUGGGUCACAUACAUCUUACGAAACUGACAAGGAUGGGAGAUUCAGAUUUCUUUUCCUAUCGUUUGGGCAGUCUGUCCGAGGUUUUUACAGAGGCAUUCGAAAAGUUAUAGUUCUCGAUGGGACGUUUUUGAAGAGCAAAUACAAAGGUGUGUUACUGGUUGCUACUGCGUUGGAUGGAAACUCAAAUUUAUAUCCACUUGCAUUUGGAGUUGUCGACUCAGAGAAUGACCGCUCCUGGAACUGGUUUAUGAGACAACUUAAAGUGGUUAUUGCUGACGAGCAGAGUUUAGCUUUUGUCUCUGAUAGGAAUACCUCUCUUGGUAAAGCUAUUGCAAAUGUGUACCCUCAAUCUUAUCAUGGGAUCUGCAUUCAUCAUUUACUGAGUAAUGUUGUAACUCAUUACCAUGGGAAAGGUUUAGUUGGUUUGGUUGCAAAGGCUUCUAAAGCUUAUCGAGUUGCUGAUUUUCAGAAAAUCUUUUCAGAUAUUUGCUCGAUUAGUCCUGCGAUUGGAAAAUAUCUAAUUGAAGCUGAUGUGAGAAAGUGGGCUCGCUGUCAAUUUCCAGGUUAUAGGUAUGAUAUGAGGACCAAUAAUCCUGCUGAAUCGAUGAAUUCUGCAUUGCGUACGCCAAGGGAGUUUCCGGUCAUUCCUCUGUUGGACAGCAUAAGAGAAAUGAUGACUCGAUGGUUUUUUGAACGUAAAACUCUAAGCUCUAAGAAUUCUAAGCCACUGACCACAGCUGUGGAGAAGAAGAUUGAUAGAAGGAUCGAGAAGGGAAAGACGUUUACAGUUUACCCGAUUAAUGAUUACCGAUUUCUGGUUCGUGGAGACACAAUUGAAUGUCUGGUUGAUUUGGCAAGACGCACAUGUACUUGUGGAAAAUUCGACUUGUUAAAGAUCCCAUGCAGGCAUGCCAUAAAAGCCAGUUUCAGUGUAGGUAGACGAGCCCACAGUCUGACUGACGAGAAGUACACGACCUCUUGUUGGAUCUCAGUUUACGCGGAAAGCAUAAAUCCGAUAAGUGCUCCUGAAGAUGCAUGGAUUGUCCCAGAAGAUGUGGAGAAGGCAGAAGUUCUUCCUCCAGAGAGUAGAAGAGCAGCAGGAAGGAGAAAGAAACGAAGAUAUGAGACUGCUGAAGACAAGAUUCGUUCUUCACAAGGAAGUAAUGGUUCGAAAAAACGCAAAUGCAGUAGGUGUGGGAAUACGGGGCACAAUAGGUCGACAUGUGAUAGAGCUUUACUUUGA